AUUACCCUUGACGCCACCACAGCAAUCAGAAUAUUAUGUACAGGUAUGGCAUAUCGACCCAGAAAAAAGCUUGGUCACCAUGUAUAACAGUUCUUAUUUUUCUUGGUGUGAUGGCAAUCUUGGGAGUGACUAUUGGUCUCCUCAUUCAUUUUCUGGCAGUUGGGAAGAUUUACUAUUACCAAGGUAAUUUUCAUAUUUCUGGAGUCACGUACAAUUAUAGUUGUAAAAAUGCAGCUUCACAAGUUAGCGCAAAUCUGAGCAAAGAUAUUGAGACUAAGAUGUCUGAUGAAUUUCAAAAUUCUAGCCUAUACAGAGAAUAUAUCAACUCUCAGGUCAUCAAACUUCUCCCUCAUUCCAAUAGUUCAAGUGUACAGUUGCUGCUGACAUUCAAGUUUCCUCCACAAAAAAGGGAGAUCAUGAAGACUGAAAUUAAAGCCCUCUUACUUCAGAUGUUGAAAGACAACAUGGUACCCUGGAAUGCGAUUCCAGCUUCCAUUAGACUUAUGGAAAUCAGCAAGACUGAUGCUGAAAUGCUUACCAACAACUGUUGUGGGAGACAACAAGUCAAUAGUCUUGCAUCAGGCAACCGAAUUGUGAAUGGGAAAAAUGCCCAUGUGGGGGCGUGGCCGUGGCAGGCCAGUAUGCAGUGGAAGGGCCAACAGCACUGUGGAGCGUCUCUGAUCAGCAGCAGGUGGCUAUUAUCUGCAGCUCACUGCUUUGUUCAGAGAAACAAUUCAGGAGAUUGGACCGUCAAUUUUGGAACUCUAGUAAAUGAACCAUUUAUGACACGAAAAGUCCGAAACAUUAUUUCUCAUGAAAAUUUUAGCAUGGCUGGGGUUCGUAAUGACAUUGCCCUUGUGCAGCUUGCUGAAGAAAUCUCUUUCUCAAAGUACAUUCGUAGUAUUUGUCUUCCCGAAGCCACACUGAAGCUCUUAGAAAAUGACAGUGUUGUAGUCACAGGAUGGGGAACACUGUUUAUGAAUGGUCCCCUUCCAAAUAUACUUCAAGAGGCCUUUGUGAAUAUUAUUGACAACAAAGUUUGCAAUGCUCCAUAUGCAUUAUCUAACUUGGUGACAGAUAAAAUGCUAUGUGCUGGAUAUAUGUCAGGAAAAGCUGAUGCCUGUCAGAAAGACUCUGGAGGACCACUAGCUUACCCUGACUCUAGAAAGAUCUGGUACCUUGUUGGAAUAGUAAGCUGGGGUGAUGGAUGUGCCAAAAAAAACAAGCCAGGUGUCUACACUAGAGUGACUGCUUAUCGUGAUUGGAUUAACUCCAAGACUGGACUCUGAAGGGGAAAUAACUUUGGAAUUGAACACAAGGACAACUGCAGGGUAUUCUUAUCCAUUGCUUCAAAAUCUUUUUCUUUU